CCUCUCUCUCUCUCUCCCCCCUCCCUCUCCCCUCUCUCUCACCCCCUAAACCUCUUCUUGCCCUUCCAAUUCAUCCCAUACUUCACCUCCCUCUGUCACAAUGGCUGCUCCUCAGGGUUACCCUUUGUUGUGUCUCGAGAACCCCCUCCUGGAUAUCCAGGCAGUCGGUGAUGCCGCUCUCCUGGAGAAGUAUGGCCUGAAGGACAACGAUGCUAUCCUCGCCGAAGAUAAGCACAUGGGCCUGUAUGAGGAGCUCCUCGGUCUUGAUGCCAAGCUCAUUGCUGGUGGUGCCGCCCAGAACACUGCUCGUGGUGCUCAGUACAUCCUUCCCGAGAACUCCGUCAUGUACAUUGGCUGUGUCGGCAAGGACAAGUACGCCGACAUCCUGAAGGAGGCCUGCGCCAAGGCUGGUGUCCACACCGAGUACCGCAUCGAUGAGGUCCAGCCCACCGGCAAGUGCGGUGUCAUCAUCACCGGCCACAACCGUAGCAUGUGCACCCACCUUGCUGCCGCCAACGAGUACAAGCUUGACCACCUGAAGCAGCCCCACGUCUGGUCUCUCGUCGAGAAGGCCCAGUUCUACUAUGUCGGUGGCUACCACUUGACCGUCAGCGUUCCUGCCAUCCAGGCUCUGGGUGAGGAGGCUGCCGCCAAGAACAAGGUCUUCAUGCUCUCCCUCUCGGCUCCUUUCAUUCCCCAAUUCUUCAAGGAGCAGCUCGACAGCGUCUUGCCCUACACCGACUACACCUUCUGCAACGAGACCGAGGCUCGUUCCUACGCCGAGAGCCACGAAUGGGGCACCGACGAUGUUGUUGAGAUCGCCAAGAAGCUGGCUCAGCUCCCCAAGAAGAACACCAGCCGUCCCCGCGUUGCCAUCGUGACCCAGGGCACCGACCCCACCGUCGCUGCCACCGUCAAGCCCAACGGUGAAGUCGAGGUCAAGCAGUUCCCCGUCCGCGAGAUCCCCAAGAGCAGCAUCAACGACACCAACGGUGCUGGUGAUGCCUUUGCUGGUGGUUUCUGCGCCGGUGUUGUCCAGGGCAAGCCCCUUGAGGAGAGCAUCGAUCUCGGCCAGUGGCUCGCUUCCCUGAGCAUCCAGGAGCUGGGACCUUCCUUCCCCUUCCCCAAGCAGACCUACACCCCCUCCAACUAAAAUCUCCUCCCACGCAGUCAUACUAAAUCAAGGUCCCGUCCGACAUCACGGGACUGAGGACAUGAAAUGAAUAUGUCUAUGGGCCAACCACCGAGUUUAAACAAAAAAUCUGUUCCUUUCUAGUUUAGGAUUCAACCUUCUAUACCCAAUUUUUCUGUCGAUGACUUAACGUCUUUGACCAUUUCUUUCCUACUUUUCUUUUUUCUUUUCCAAAUCUUCAAUGAAAUGUUUUGUGAAAGGUGCCUCUCUCUGAUGGAAGUUCAAUAAUAGAUGGACCAGAAUUGGGCGGAUGAACGUUCUCAACAACGAACUAUGAUGAUGAGACUACAUGCUAUUCCUCAGCUAUAGAUAACAUAAGACC